AUGGCCGGCAAACCAGACGUUCUUCUGAUCGAGUCGUCGGUCCAAGCGGUCGACGGCCCUCGCAGGGCAAAACUCGCGGAGCGCUUCAAUCUCAUCUACUACGACUGCGAGUCCAUCGAGCAGUUCAAGGAGCGCAUGAAGCCCGGCGGGCCCUACGCAAACAUCGCGGCCAUAGUGCGCAGCGGCUGGCUCAAGGCCGGGCCUCUGGCGUACAUCCGGCCCUUUGCAACGGAUGUCGUGUCUCACUACCCGCCGUCGCUCAAGCUGAUCUGCUGCAACGGGCACGGACACGACGCGGCCGAUGUCGAGACCAUCUCGGCCAGGGGCAUUUGGUACUGCAACACGCCCGACGCGUGCACAGAGGCCGUCGCCAACACGGCGCUGUUCCUGAUCCUCGAGUCUUUCCGCCUCUUCAGCUACGCGCAGUGGUGCGCGCGGUACGACUGGAUGCAGAGCCGCGAGCUGGGACUGCUCAGCGUCGACCCGACGGGCAAGGCGCUCGGGGUGGUCGGGCUCGGCGACAUAGGACUGGCUGUCGCGCAAAAGGCCGAGGCCUCGUGCAGCAUGAAGAUCCACUACCAGGGGCCGCGGCGGAAGCCGGACGCGGAGAGCAAGCUCAGGAGCGGAGCGACGUAUCACCAGACAGUGGAUGACAUGAUUCCUCACAUCGACUGCAUUGUGCUCGCAGCCCCGUACACAAAGGAGACACACCACCUGCUGGGCAGCAGGCAGUUCGCGCUGGCCAAGAAGGAAGGGCUCCGGGUCGUGAACAUUGCGAGAGGGCAGAUGAUAGACGAGGACGCCCUGAUCGAGGCGUUAGCGAGCGGCCGGGUGCCGGGUGCUGGUCUCGACGUCCACGCCAACGAGCCCGGCGUCAACCCCAAGCUGAAGGACAACUGGCGCGUCACUCUUCUCCCGCACAUCGGUGUCUGCUCGCACACCAGCUGGGCCAAUUUUGAGAAGAUUAAUCUCGACAACUUGGAAGCCUUCUUCGACACGGGCACGCCAGUGACGCCGGUAAAUAAAAUUAGCAACUGA